AUAGGCUAGAGCGGCCUCGUGGACUAAAAUCUUCAUUUCAGGAUUACCCAACGGCUAUACCAGUGUACGAGUAGGGUCUAUCUUAGUAUCUAGGAUAUCGCAGUUGUUUUGCGGCAUCGCUGCCUGACGCACCUCUUCCUCCGUUCUGGGGGCCGGGCGAGCUACAUGCUGGUUGCCACGUAACCGUUGGUGACCUCCUCUUUCUCCGCUUGCGCUGCAUUGUGGAAUUUGUGCGCCUCGGGAACAUUUCAUUGCUCUUGCAAGGUUGCCAAAGCUUGCUAGCCGGGAUAGUCUGUGAUUUCGACCAUUCGGACUUGCAGGUACUGCUGUGUGCCAGAGAGUGUAAACAGCACGGCAUCAGAGACUGAGAGAGUGGCUUGGCUGUGCUGCAAAUCGUACGGACGGUUACGUGGAGGUGAAGGCGAAGGCGACAACACACUCAUAAUUAUAUCCGGCAAUCCACCCGCUUUCCUACUGUGAUGCAAGCGUGUUCGAAGACACCGCAGUAAAGAUGUCAUCGUAAUUGCACACGUUCCUCCUCGCUUUCGGCUUGUACAAGGGGCGCACCAAUGAGAGAAUGGUAUGGUAACACUAAUAGAUCUACACGUCAGUGGUCGAUUUGUGAGCUCUACAACAUUGUAGAUCAGCCCAACACAAACUGUGUCGCUCGCGCUUGUCGAUCUACUCCGCUGUUGUGUGGCCGUGGUGUGCAGGGGCAUCGCAUCGCUAAGAACCCAGGCGUCGCUGGCAUCGAUCACUGAGUGAGGUCAGGAAUCACGUGCACUGAACGAGCCUAUCCAGAGGCCCAGGGAGAGAGAGAGGGUGAGAGAGAGAGAAGGAGUUCUCAUCACCGUGACAACACCCAGCGGCAGCCAAUCAGCAGUAGCCCAGGGCACGCGGCGAGAGCCGGAAUGGAGCGCUCACACCGACGCAUUCUGCAGCGCAACUUUGUGCGUCUGCGUGACAGUCUGGCGGUGAACGGCGAGUUGCUGGGCAGUCUGUUCGGCAUGGGUGUGUUUGGGACCAUAGAGGAGAUGCACGCUAUUCAGUUUGCAGAGAACGGGACAGAACGGCCGCGCAACAUCCAGGUGGAGAGGCUACUGGCUCACUUGCCCCAUGCUGGCUCCAAGGCGUUCGGUCACUUUUGCACCGCUCUCUAUGCCUCAUCUUCAGCCGCCAAUGAAGAACUGGCUAAUUUACUGCAAGAAGACUGUGAAUCAGGAGAGCCAGAGGCGCAAGCAGCAAGCGUGCCACCGAGAGAUGUGCAAUCAUCUUCGCAGGCGCCAUCGUCGCUGCCGCCGCGCACACAGACUGCACCAAGCGCUGUCAAUGCUGCUGGUGCUGCUGGUGCCGCCGCCGCAGUUACCAGUUCCGGCGCGACGCGGCUACUUCACGAGCGCCCCACCGACAGAUCUACAACCGCUCCGCUCCAACAUCCCUCUGCCGACCGCACCAGAUCAUCAGCCUCGAAAGAGGCUGGGAGCGACGCCGGACAAUCAGGUCAGUCCCCACGGCAACACCAGCAAACUGGUACGGCGACAGACACGCCACGAUCAGCACGUGACGCGAUGGCGGUGCCCUCCCAGGUCGCUCCCAGCGCAGCAGCCGCUAGCAAGCUGGUUACGCCUGGCUGGAUGCCAGGUGCGAGCGUGUCAGGCUCAUCGGAGAGUUCUGGCAUGGUGUGGUCACCUCCAUUAUCCCCACACGCUCAACUGUCCUCUCCUACUUCGCCGGAGAAUGCGCCGGCCAGCACAGGUCCACUUGCAGCAGCUUCAGUUGGCGGCAGCUCAUCGAGUACGAUUGCUAGCCCGUCAUCGGGCAGCACUGAGCGAGCACAGGCCACGCAAGUGACCACUGGCAGCAAAGCAGCAUCAUCGUCGUCACAAGCCGCUGGUAGGACAUCACGACGGUCCAGUCUGCUCCUGGAUUCGCCCGUACGCACUCCCCUGCCGUCGGGCAAACCGACUUUAAUCGGCGUCACUCCGGUCGCGAGUGCGUCCUUUCAUCGCUCGCCAUCGCAGAGCAGCAGUGGGUCGCUGUCAGCCGAGACCAGCAGCAGCCCCUCGCCAUCGGUAUCGGUGACGCCAUUGCAUCACUCAGCAUCGCAGAGCAGCACACACAGUUCACUUUCAGCCGAGAGUAGCAGCCCCUCGCCAUCGGUAUCAUUGACGUCUGGCGCGGUGCUCAGCAGUCAACACAGUAAUAGUGGCCAUGGUGACAGCAACACCACUGCUUCCGCCCCCGCCUCAUCACCGCACUCACUGAGCUCCAGCACGUUGCCAUCAUCGCCCCCGGCAACCAGCACAGUGCAGGGAAGUCGCCAAACCAGUACAAGCAGUGAGGGCAGCGGUGGCAUGUCGGCACAAUCACGCCAAAAUGCCACCCCCACCACCGCCGCCGCCGCCACCGCACCACGAGUGUUGUCAGUAGUAUCAUUGCCUGGCGUGGGCACGUCGACCGGGUCUGAGGUUCUGCAGCGCACGCACUCAGAAGGACAACAACCAAUGGUGGUCACGGCAACUGACAUUUUGCAUACUCCCGUCGCUAGGCAACACAGGCCGUCUACCGAAGGCGCACAGGCCGUUAACCUGUCGGGAGAAACACCACCGCCGACGGAGCAAACAAUCUCGGAGCUUGCACAGCUUGUGCCGAGCCUAUCGCCGUCUAGUCAGGACCGGCUGAUAUCCUACGGCCGAUCCCUGGCACAGAGCGGAUCAUCUUCGCUGAUAGCGUCCCCCGGGCCGGAUGCCGCACAGAACGGCUCUGGGGACGACGGUGCGUCCGCUUCAUCCGCACGUCUGCCCGUUUUCAAUUCUGCCGGGUCGCGUGUUCAAGCUCAUGUCGUUUCGGCACACUCUUCGUCGUCAGCUAUUGGGGUGGCUUUGGUUGCUGUUGCUGGUGGUGACGGUGCUACGGCGAACGGUUCAGGUAGCAAUGCUGUGCUGGAUUCUAACAUGUCCGUAACGGCGGCUGGUGUGGGACAGCAACCGUCUAAUCUUACGCCUCUCGUCUACGCUGCGCAGUCCUCGGCCACAUCGACAAUGUUGGCCUCGGCGUCGCCGCAAGACAGCUCUCAGGGGCCACUGCCGAUGCGGUCGCUUUGGCCGGCCACUGGCGGGAACGCCGCCGGCGCUGCGGCUGUCGCUACCGGUGCUACCUGUUCAGUGCUGGCUGCUCCUGCCCAGGUCAGCACCACAGCCAGUCAGCCUGUCAGCUCCAUGCUACAGCGCACAGAGACACGGCCAGUAUCAACCGCAGCAGCAGCACCAGCACCAGCAGCAUCAGCAAGGAGUACGCUACCGGUGCAGGAAAUGGGCGAACACGUCAAUGUCUUCUCAGGGCGACAGGACUAUGGUCUUGAAGCGGUGCUGGAAGAGGAGAUGAGGCGUGUGCAUUGCAUGGUGCAGCUUAUGUCUGACGGCGGAGCGUCAUUGCCGCAUGACUUCAUGGUCAAGACGCUGACGGAAAACGAGGAUGGGACCAUUGCUGUACACGAAGAGAGGCUGACGGACGUCCUCGGCAGGGCCACCUGCAAAGUGUACAUACAGCGGCAACUGCUCGAGGCCACCCAGAACGACGCUCCACAGGCAUUGAUGCAGUUCUUGCGCCGCCGUGGUAUACGGCAAGAGGCGACCACAGUGUUCUGCGAUGACGAGGAGAGACCUAUCGAGGUGCACGCCCUAACCGGAGAAACCAUUGCGAAACAAUCAAGAGCUCCUUGCCACGUUCUGGUGCGCAUCGUUCUCAAAGUCAAGCUGCAGAAGUUCUACUCUCGCCUGGUCGAGCUGGCCGUUCUGCAAUGUCUCGAAGACUACGGAGACGUGGUGGAGAGAGACGCGAUACGCGUGCACAACCGGAUGGCGGGCAGCACCGACCUGAUAGUGGAGAUGUCCAUCGUGGUGGCAUGGCGUCUGUAUCUACUAGCCACAGCGCACCCGGCACUGUUCGCUGGCAUUGGUAUUAUGACGAUGGCAAUCGUGGGACGACCCGUUGUGCUCUGCCUCUUCCCGACGCCACAGUCGCUGUUUGCAGGUCUAGAACCAAAGGAGGAAGCGCAGAGCGAGGAGAUUCUGCGUCGACUGCGUGACUUCGUCAGCGCAACGGACGCGGAAGACAUUCGCCGGCAACCCAACUUUGAGCGGAGGCUGAUGCUGUGCGUGCGCCUUGUCUUUCACAAUCCUCUCCUGCUGCGGACGGUGCGAAUGAUCGUGGAUGGUGCAACACAUGACCAAGUUGACGACAUGCAGCUCAACUGGCUGGCGACGCACGGAUCGUCCACUUCCGCCAGGGAGUUCCUGGCAGCUGCGGAUCGUGGAUUUGUGAUGAAAGUCCGAAAAGCCGAGCAGAAGCAAGCAACCCGGCAAGCCGCCGCAGGUGGACCGAUUGUCGGCUUACCGCCGCUACUGGACAUGAAGUCAUUGAAGGCAGUGGCAAUGACCACCACCACAUCACAACCACCGGCAUCAUCAUCAUCAUCAUCCAGUCCCCUCCUAGCUAGGCUGGCCAAGUCUCAAGCCGAGCUGGGCGCAAGGACAGCAGCGCAGAAUCAGUGGAUUACGACAGAGCACCCGAUGACCGUCACGACCCACCACCAGCGCCAUGGUGAUACUGACGAUGAUGCUAAGGCCGGUGGCAGCAGUGCCAGACUGUUCACGGCCGUGCACGGCGAGUCUCUCUUCGUGGCCGCCAGCCAGCCGCCGUCAGUGUACCGCGCGCCCGUACGGAACUUGUCCAAACUAGGCGGUGGUGGUGGCGACGUAGCGGUGAAAUGGACGCAGGUGCCGAUACCGGACACCGUGGCCGAAUGCUGCGGGCUCUGCAGCGAUGAUCUAAAUCUCUACCUCGUGUCUUUGCCCACGGCCGAGCACCAGCCCAGUCGUCGGAACGAGGUGUAUCGGUUCACCGCCAACGCGGACAAGCAGCACGUGGGCGCCAACGAAAGCUGGACGCUGUUGAAGGGCGGCAUUUCACGGAUUUCGCAGCGCGGCACGACUGUCGUACAGGCCGAGCACGGCCUGCACUUCCUCGGCGGUGAUACUGCAGGUAGCGACAAUGAAGACACGACAAAACCAUCAACCACGAGCACGUAUCACAGACUAACAGAUCACCACUGGUUGACAUCCUCGCCAUUGCCAUCACCAUCGUCAAAAGACACGGAGAGGUUGCAGCCGCUGGCACUGCCAUGCACACAUGGUCACGCCACAACGCGUCACGGCGACAUUAUUCUCACUUCCGACGGCGGCGGCGGUGCGGAAGACAACGCCACACGGCUGCAGAUUGGUGUGCGCGCCCCAACAUCGUCGUCAUCGCAGCUUAAGUGGCUUCCCGGCGGCACCUUCCCGAUGGAAACCGAUCGCUUGGCAAGUCUCGUCGCACUGGAUAACACGUCACUUCUGGUAGGCGUGUGUCGUGCAUCGUCCCCAUCGCAGCAGCAGCAGCAGUCCACGUGUGUGGUCCUCGCCUACGAUGGCGCCAGUAAGGCGUUGAGGAAAGUCGCCAACCUGCCACCAGUGCCUGCAUGUACAGGCGGUGAGGCGUGCAGUCUAGCCGUGUGUGAGCGUAAGCUGUAUGCGUUCACCAGCGCUGCAUCCCCGCCGUCGCACUCAGACAGUGAGCCUUUGAGUAAGGUCAGCAUGCAUACGCUGGAUUUGGCGGGACUGGUUUGACUUGUCGCUCGGCAGCCAAGGGAGUACGCGCUGACUCUGUCUCUCCUUCUCUCUCUCUCCCUCUCUGUUUGUUUGUCUGUCUGUCUCUCUAUCUUUCUAUCUCUCUCUAUCUAUCUAUCUAUCCCCGUCUUUUGACUUCUCUGGACCGAUGUGAAGAGACUCGGUUACACUGAAACACGUGCGUGCAGGCAGGCUCACACGUAGAAUGAUUCAUCUGUUCUUUUAUAUAUAGGCAUGUUUUUUUUGAACAUCUGAUAUCACUAUAUUUUCAUUUCAAUUUCAAAAUGAGUAUUAUUAUAAGGACUGCCAAAUUUGGAAGGGGAAAUUCACGGUAUAAGUCCACGUGAUUUCGUUACGUGAACGUAGACUCGGCAGAAUAGAUUUUCUUUACGUUUCGGGAAUGUGAAGAGAGUUCCCAGGAUUCUUCGCGUCUCGUUCCCAUAGCGUAGAGUAGAACCUCACUAUAGCACCAUGCUAGCAUAUCUUGAAGUAUGUGCCAUCUUUUCUGGUUGUUUGGUUUUCUGGUCUGUCAUUCACGUGUGGGAAUGUACCCACGGUGAGACUCUCGAGUAGUUUGUCAACACCUGCUGUAACUCUCUGUUCGUCGUGAUUUGCGCACGUGCA